CUCAAAAGCCAGGUGCGCUAAGAUUGCUCCUCAGUUCAUGCCGGCAUCCCUGGCCGACUUGGAGAAGCCAAGGGUCACCAGGCCCAAAACGGUUUAAGCCCUCCAGGGUGGUGGGUGCAGGGAUCAGCAGGGACCCGAUGGUGGUCCGUCAAAUUGCUCUCUCGCGAGGACGGCAACGGCCAGCAGAGAGACGACAGAAGAGAGAGAGCAUCCAAAGUGCCAUCGACAGGCAUUUCGGGCAAGGCGCAAGGGUAAAAAAGAAGUGGAAGGGGCAACGGGGAGCCGAAGAAAAGCAACGGCACUCCCACUUGCCCAUCCAUCUCCAGCUUUCCAGGUUGUCACGGCUCUCUCCAUCUCCAGUCUCCAUUCCCUCGUUCAUUCUCUUUUGUCUGUUCUGUCUUUUUCUCGUGGAGUGAUCGAUAGCCCAUGUCGACAUUACCUUACCUUACGCGUAGUCAACCUAAUCGCAGCUGAGUGAUUGUUAGGUACCUACUAUACUCAUACUCGACAAGUUGAGACGAACUGUUUUGGCCACUCGUUUUUUUUUGUGCGUCCUACUACAUGGUUGCACCUUUCACGCCAGGAACGACACGAGAGGCCAGGCCAUCGAUAUAAGGCCCUACCGCAGUACUAAUUGGAGCACACGCCCGCCUACCGCACCGCACCGCACCUACACUACCGACCUAUCUAUACCCAACCCCCGACCCCCCGAGUCCAAGCAGCGACUCUCGACGUUCGUUUCCGUCCUUGGCUGCCCAAAGUACAAAGCCCACCGGCGCCGCCGCUCUCUCUUCGGUCCAUUUGCGCUAUUGUACGGAGACGGGGCGUCGCGCGCAUAAACCCAGUCGCCCGCAUAGGGCCUUGUCGUCCACUCAUUUUUUUUUGCUUCUGGUCCAGGGCUCUCAAAUCUCUCCGCGAAUCCCACACGCUACCGCCGGUACCCGUGCCUCUCUGCUCUUUUCAACGGGCUCCCGAACGCCAGCACCCGAGUGCAGUGCAGUCCGAUAUCGUGACGGCAACCACCGCAUAUCCCACGAACUUGUUUCUUUUUCCUAAGCCCUUUUGGUUUCGCCGCGAUACGUCCGACCGACUUACCUAUCAGCAUUCCUCUGCACACUCGCUCGCCAAUUGGCUCUUCGAUACCACCCCGUUUCGGCCCGCGUUUUGACAGUGGAGGGUGAAUCGGCGGUCGGUACUCUUUCUCUGGUGAAAGCAACACCCUACGCCCAUGGACCUCGAUCGACCCGAGCUCGAACUUUUGCUGUAAACAGAGGCGGAAGCCCCUGAAACCUUGUUGCACAGUCCUCCCACUUCGCGGCCACUGCCAGUCGCAUCAACAACAUGACAACCCUCCCGAGGCCAUCGCGGCCUUCGAACGCACCUCCUCAAAUUGCCCUACCAGCGCUUCCCGUUGGAAAAACACGAAAAAGCAUGGGUGGAUUAGCAGUUCCACCGACCAGGUCGACACCAACAUCACCAAAAGCCCUUCGAACACCGUCCUCGAAUCUCCUUCCGCCUGCCACUCCAGCCCCUUCCGGAGCCUUACCUACACCCAGAACCGCCUCAGGAUACAAUGCGACGGGCAAGACACUUAGGAAAACAGUCAGUAUCAGCGCUUUCCCGCACCCCCCUCGCGGAGAUGGUCGAAUAUCCAGCCUCCCACCGAGCCCACUAUCCGCCGGCCUUUCGCGCAAGGUCAAGACGCCUACGACACCAACCUAUCAGUUUUCUAAUGGAUCCUCGAGUUUUCUUGCGGGAGCAGGCGACCAGAAAUCAGUCUCGCGAACAGGAGGGACGAGGAAUUCGGAUGGACUGAUUAGUGUGUCUUCACCGCCCCAGAGCCGCAGUUCCUCUGCGCAGGACUCGUAUUCUACUUCUGCCACCCAGUACGAAGAUGCCACCGAUGCCGCAUCCAGGUCAGAUGCUUCCCCCGGAAAACCUGCCUCCAAGUUUGAUGGCAAGGGAAACGUCGUGGUCAGUGUCAGAGUCCGGCCAGAUGCUGCCGGCAAUGACCAGACGCCAGAUGGGGAGUGGAUGGUGGAGGGAAGAAAAUCGUUGAUCUCGUACCGCGGCAAGGAAGGGGGAGAUUAUAUCUAUGAUAACGUCUUUACGACACACGACGACAACGCCAAAGUCUACGACCACUGCGCGAAACGUUUGGUACGAAGAGUAAUGGAGGGCUACCACGGGACAGUAUUCGCCUACGGCAUGACGGGCACUGGAAAAACCUUCUCGAUGCAGGGAACUGCGUCAUCCCCGGGUGUAAUACCUCUCGCUAUUACCGACAUCUUCUCCUACAUUCGCGAAACCCCGUCUCGAGAGUUCUUGCUCCGCGUCAGCUACCUGGAAAUCUACAACGAAAAAAUCCACGACCUGCUGAGCAUGUCCACCAACACCGGCCCCGGCGCUAACCAGCAGCAGGAAGAGAUCAAGCUACGUGAGGACAGCAAGAGGGGGGUUUAUGCGAGCCCUCUCAAGGAGGAAAUUGUGCAGAGUCCGACGCAGCUUCUGCGUGUGAUUGCCCGUGGCGACCAGGCUCGUAGGACAGCAAGCACCCAAUUCAACGCCAGGAGUUCCCGGAGUCACGCCGUGGUGCAGAUUGUGGUGGAAAGCAGAGAGAGGGUCCCCGGAAGUGCUGCGGGGGAUAGCAAACGCCAAGCGCUUCCGCCCGGUGGCGUCCGGGUGUCGACAUUAAGUUUGAUCGACUUGGCUGGUUCUGAGAAGGCGGCCGAGUCCAAGGAGAGGCGUCAAGAAGGGUCCCACAUCAACAAAAGCUUACUCACUCUCGGAACGGUCAUCGCCAAGCUCUCCGAGCAAAAGGCCGAUGGCAAAUCUGCCGACAAGGAUGGGAAACACUUGCCGUACCGCGACAGCAAACUGACCAGAUUACUCCAGGGCGCGCUGUCCGGUAACUCGUUGGUUAGCAUUCUCUGCACAAUUCAAAUCGGCGCUCCUGCAAGCGCAACAUCAGCAAACACGCACAACAACGAAACCCUCAACACAUUAAAGUUUGCCUCUCGGGCCAAAAACAGCAUUGUCAGCCACGCUAAGCGUGCCGAGGAGUCUUUGGGCGCUGGUGGCGACGGAGGCGCAAAGGUACUUUUGGAGCGGUACAGAAUGGAGAUUGCCGAGCUUCGAAAGGAGCUCGAAGCCCAAGCAAAGUCCAACAGCAAGAAGGAGGCCGAGAUUGAGAAGGAGAGGGACGCCGAGGAGGAAAGGGCUCGUGAGAAGGAAGCCGAGUUGCGGCAUGAAGAGCAGAUGCUCGAAAUGCAGCUUGCUAGGACCGCGCUGAAGGAGAGGAUAGACCACCUCAACCGCCUCAUACUCAGUUCAAAAUCGAUAGGGGUCAAUGCGAGCGGGUCUUUCAGCUCGUUGGGCAUUCAUCCUCGAUACUCGCAAGGUUCCAUCCGGUCGUCGAUGACUAUCUCUAAUGGAGGCAAGCUCAGCCUGGAGAGGACAGCGUCCAUGACAUCUAGUGCUUCAACAAUUGGACGGAAGUCGAGUAGUCAUCGGUCGUCUGGCGGUGCACCAGAAGCGGUACCACUGACAGAAGACGAUGACAGCAUGGGGGAGUACGGCGACGGGACGGCAUCACUUGCCGCUCAGAACCGAGCCCUCCAAGCGGAUCUUGUCGACAAGAACCGCUACAUCCAAACGCUAGAGAAAAGAUUGCUGCAAGCCCGCCGCGCGAGCUCCUCUCGGGCGUCGGUCGGCAUUGCAACAGCAGGAAAGGGCAUUAUGGUUGGCGAGGACCAUAGUGUGUCCGCUCUUCUCAAGGAGAAGGAUGCCGAAAUCGCGGAGCUCCGUGCCCGCCUCGACGACAAGGACCGGAUGUUGACUGCGCUGCGGAGCGCGGCCAGGUCAAGAGACAAUGCCGAACGAGUCGAGUCCCGGUCAGAGGCCCGCAACUCGCAAAUUCUCGACAGCAACCCAGGGCCAGCACCGCUCGGCAGCCCGCCUGCCCCCAACUCGUUAGUUAGACAAGUCUCGCAGCUUCGGAAGCAGACGAAGAAUGUCGAUGAGAUGAGCAAGAUGCUCGACGAGAUGCUUCACGAAAGGGUGGAGAGCGGGCAGGUUGUCAGGGGAAAUCGGGGGAGCCUCAGGGUGGUUGGUCCAGAGAGGGAGUCGAGAGAGAGGGGGUCGUUGCUUAAGGAGUUGGUCCCUUCGCCACCGCCGACGAUGCCAUUACCUUCGCCGCAGAUUCUCACGCAGAGCCCAUCGCUUCCACCAUCGAUGCCACAACCUCCUCCACCACUGGGCGCGGGGCCAUCUGGAUCCCAGCCACCGAUUCAGUUACAGUUGUUGUCCAAGCAGAGGACCUCGUUAAGCCAGGAGCCGAGCAAAGCAGUUGCGAUGGAGGUGUAGGAAGGGGGCCGUGGCCUGUAUAACAUGCAGGAACAUGUAUAAGUGUUUUUUCUUUUUCCUUGGUUGGGUUUCACAUGGAAGAAGGUGGGGGUAAGGAAUACGGGGUACUUUUUUUUUUUAAUUUCUGUCUUAUACCCGACUUGUUGUUAUUGGUAUUUUUGCUUUUUGGUCUUUUCAAAAUAGCCCACCGUUUCUCUGUUAUGGUGGAGGUCGGGAAAUUCGGGGGGAGGGGAUCAAGUUUACUUUUCUCAGCGUCAUUUAGCAAGCCAGCGUCUUGUUGUUAAUUUUGUACAUUAGCUAGGAGUGAAGGGGAUGGUGGGAAAGGGGAGAGUUUUGUAUGGGGGAUCCAACUAGUUUGGCAAACUUUCUUGUUGGAGAUUGGAGGAGGGAAGGGUUGGUUGGUGAUGGGGCUUUUUUUGUAUCCAAUGUUGGCCUGCCUGGUGUUUGUUGUCGAGGAGCAGGGGAGAGCAUUUGUUCAUCAUUUUUUUCCAUCAUUGAGGCUAUGGCAUCAUGAAACGACGCACGCGCAAAAA